GGAGGGGAAGGGAAGACUGAGUCUCUGAGUGAAGUUUCAGCACAGAGGGGAAAUAUCGCUCCGCUUCAAACUUUUUUUUGCAACAUGGAUCCAAAAUCCUGUAUCUGAGGAAGGUUAGCCCCACAGGACGGGCUAAUCACAUUCAUUCACCGCAAACAUGUGGAUUUUCUGGAUAUCUGCCAUUUACUUGAUCAGCAGCAUAUUGUACAGCAGUGGAGGAAUCCUACCUCAGACAGAUAAUCAGUGCCCAAACUUACAAAGCGAAGGAAUCAGCACAGUAGGAGAUGGAAAUGAAAACAACACAGGGUUCAAUUUGAUCAAGAGAUUUUCUCUCCAGAAAAUGAGUUCUAUAAAGAAGAUUCGGAACCCCAAAGGACCUCUGAUCAUGCGACUUGGAGAAACUCGCCUUGUGGAAAAGACAGGACAAGUGUUUCCACAUGGAUUACCUCAUGAGUUCACCAUAGUCAUGACUUUGCUGAUAAAGAAGCAGACAACUGAUGAAGACUGGUACUUAUUUCAAAUCAGCGACCAUCUAGGAUACCCACAGCUCUCUUUAGGUCUCAAUGGCAAGGACAGAAGCCUAGAAUUUCGUGCCAGCGGUCGUGAUGUAGAAUAUGUAGGUUGCACAUUCACUGGACAUGGAGUGUAUUCAUUGUUUGACAACCAAUGGCACAAGAUUGUAUUGAGUGUACAAGAGACGGUAGUAUCCAUUCAUAUUGACUGCAGCUUUAUAUCAAGUAAACCCAUUGAGCCAAGGAGACCCAUCAACAUUGAAGGACACACCUUUAUUGGGCUGGACAUGGUGAAAGGAGAACCAGUCCAUUUUGACAUCCAGAAAAUUCUUAUAUACUGUGAUCCGAAAAUGGCAAUGCAAGAAGGAUGCUGUGAGAUCCUCCCAACCGGUUGCAACCCUGAAGCUCCAAAGACAAGGCGCAAUGUAGAAGGUGUUGAGAAUGCACAGAAUGCCAACUUGAUUGAAAUACCUACAAAAUCCAAGCAGGAGAGUUUGACACGAUGCUUCUGCCUGGAGGAUUCAUUGCUGAAAACGGGGAAGAAGAUUUCAUCAGGGUUGCAUGUAGACCUUCCUCCAGAGUGUGCUUCAUGUGCAUUUCGACUUCCAGAACCUAAUGUCACCGCUGGACCACAAGGCCCCAGGGGUCUUAAAGGGGAAAGAGGACAGACUGGGGCCUAUGGACCAAAAGGAGAGAAAGGAGUACGGGGAGCAGAUUGCAUCCGGACAUCAGCGGAUGGACCUCUACAGUGUGCCGAAGGUGUAAAGGGGGAAAAGGGCGAACGAGGAAUGGAGGGUCCGAGAGGAUAUGAAGGACCAUCUGGGCCACAUGGGGAAAAAGGACAAAAGGGUGAAAUAGGAUACACUGGACUGAAAGGAACAGCUGGUUAUCCAGGACGAGAUGGAAAACCAGGUGAAAUCUGUGUGGUGGGUCCAAAAGGGCAAAAGGGAGAAUCUGGAAUAGUAGGUCCUGAAGGCCUUGCAGGAGAACCAGGACCUCCAGGAAAACCUGGACUUCCAGGAGUUGGAAUACAAGGCAAACCGGGUAGUCCCGGUGGUCCACCUGGUCUUUCAGGAGAGAACGGUCAACCAGGAACUCCAGGCAAAGAUGGAUCUGUGGGAAAACCAGGCAAACCAGGAAUCCCUGGACUGAAGGGAGAAAAGGGUGAUCAAUGUGAAAUUUGUCCAACGAUCAAAUCUGAUGGCACACAGGUUAUCAAUGUGCCAGGUAUUAAAGGGCAGAAGGGUAGCCCUGGAAUUGGAGAGCCAGGACAACCAGGACCGGAAGGUGAAUCAGGACCAAAAGGUGAACAGGGAACCCCAGGAAUAAAUGGAUUGAGGGGUGAAAAGGGGGAGCCAUGUACCAAUUGCCCAGCAAUUUCAAACCCACAUGGUAUACAAAGUGGCAUAUCUGGUCUAACUGGUCUACCGGGAGUGCCUGGUGCAACUGGUCCAUCUGGAACAAAAGGAGAAAAGGGAGAUCGUGGUGAACAAGGGCCAGCUGGGAUAGCAGGACCAAUAGGAGGACUGGGGAACACAGGACCUUCUGGACCAAAAGGAGAAAAGGGAGAAUCUUGCACCAUAUGUCCAGUUCUAGCUGAACAAGUACAGCAUGAGACUACUUUUGAAAUCCCAGCACAGAAAGGCGAGCCAGGGGAACCUGGGAUUGGAUUACCAGGGAAAAAUGGUAUUCCAGGUGUGCCUGGCAUGAAAGGACAAAAGGGUGAGGCUGGCCCUGAAGGAGAUUCAGGCAUACCAGGAGCAGCAGGUGUACCAGGUUUGCCCGGUGAACCCGGAAUCCAGGGGCCUUUUGGUUUUAAAGGUGAAAAGGGAGAUGCCUGUGACACCUGUCCAGUAAAAAUAAGUGAACUUUCAGAUGUUAUUGGCAUACCUGGAAAUCCAGGUGCCAAGGGAGAUCAAGGACCUCCAGGAGUGGGACAGACAGGAAGGCCUGGUCAGCCUGGUUUACCUGGUGUCCAGGGUCCACCUGGAAUAAAGGGAGCCCACGGAGACCCAGGGCCUCCAGGAGAAGGAAAAAGAGGGUCACCGGGAGAAAAAGGAGAUUUUGGCCUACCUGGAAAAACAGGACCACAAGGCCCCCAAGGUCCUACUGGCCCUAAAGGUGGUAAGGGAAAUACUGGACAAAAAGGAGCGACAGGAGCUCCUGGAAUGCCUGGCCUAGGAGCCAUGGGACCCCCGGGACAGGAUGGAACAUCAGGCAAACCAGGAUACCCAGGAAGUAAUGGUAGAACAGGUGACAAGGGAGACAGAGGUGAAAAAGGGGAAGCGGGAGUAUGUGCGUGUCCUCCUGGAUCAUGGAUGGGUAAUGCUGAGAAUGGUGAUUUCUGGCGUUAUGGAAUUCAGGGACCACCUGGACCACCCGGACCUCCCGGUCCUCCUGGAUUACCCGGUCACCAGGGUUUGCCCGGACAAAAUGGUAUGCCAGGACGACCUGGAUUGCCAGGAGAACUGGAAGCCCUGGCUGCAGAGAGAACUAUUGAUAUCCUGAAGAAUAUUUGUGGGGACUGUGCCAAUGGGCAGACCACUCCCAUCGCCAUGAAAGGAGAAAAAGGAGAACAAGGCCAACCUGGGAUUCCUGGAGCAGAGGACUGUGAGAGGUGCCUUUCGGAGAAGAAUGAGGAAGUGGGAGAUGAACCCGAUUCUGGAUGCCCAGGCCACCCAGGUAUCCCAGGAGUACCUGGUCUAAAGGGUGAAGAGGGAUCUCCAGGUGCAAGAGGAUUUCCCGGCCCUCCAGGAUCACCAGGGCUCCCAGGUUUCCCAGGCUCUCCUGGCUCCCCCGGACUACCUGGUAUGCAAGGGGAAAGAGGACCACCUGGGCCUUAUGGAGAAAAAGGAGAGCAGGGACCCCCUGGUCUUCCUGGAUAUCCUGGAAGUUUGGGCUCGCCAGGACUUCCUGGUAGUAAGGGUGAACGAGGAUACACUGGACCAGCAGGAGAAAAAGGAGAAUCGGGUCCUCCUGGUAUUCCUGGCAUUCCUGGGCCUUCUGGACCAGCGGGACCAAGAGGAGAAAGAGGACUCUCAGGAAACUCUGGAGAGAAAGGUGAUCAGGGAUUCCCAGGUCCACCUGGACUCCCCGGGCUUCAAGGACCCCCCGGAUUUCCAGGAAAACCAGGCUCAACAGGACCACCUGGGCCACUUGCUGAGAAGGGUGCAGAGGGACAACGUGGUUCUCCUGGAUUAAGUGGUCCACCUGGAUCUCCAGGGUCCCCCGGAAUACAGGGUCCACCUGGCAUUGAGGGUCUAGAUGGAAAAGAUGGGAAACCUGGCUCAAGGGGUGAACCAGGUUCUCCAGGUCUUCAUGGACAUAAGGGCAUUCCGGGAUUUAAAGGACAACCAGGACACAAGGGCCUGCCAGGAGCAAAGGGAGACUGUGGGCCUUCUGGACCUCAAGGAAGCCCAGGAAGGCCAGGAGCAGAGGGUGAUCCUGGUCCAAUGGGUCCACAGGGACGUCCAGGUCCUCCAGGUCACUUAGGAGCUGCAGGAAGCCCAGGACAACCAGGCAACCCAGGACUUCCAGGACUGGGUUUGAAGGGUGAACGAGGAUCCCCUGGUGAGAGAGGUUUGAUGGGUCUUCCUGGAGAACCAGGAACUCCAGGACAUCCUGGCCCUGUUGGUGAAACUGGAUCAGAUGGGUUACCAGGUAAAGAGGGCUCUCCUGGUAAAUCUGGUAUUCAUGGAACUCCAGGAGAAAAGGGUGAAAGUGGAGCUCCAGGUCCAACAGGCCCUCAAGGUGAGAGAGGAAGACCUGGACCACCUGGAGAUGGUUAUGGAAAGAGUUCACCUGCAGGAAUGGUUGGACCUAGAGGACCUCCUGGUGAGAGAGGAUCUAGUGGUUCUCCUGGACAACCUGGUCCUCCAGGAAUUCCAGGAUCACCUGGCAUAACGGCAGACCCUAUCAAUUAUGAUGAAAUUAAAAGAAUGAUUCGACAGGAGAUGCUGAGACUCUUUGACGAACGGAUGGCUUAUUAUACCACACGAAUGCAGAUGCCAGUAGAAAUGGCUGCCACGCCGGGAAGACCAGGUCCUCCUGGAAAGGAUGGAACACCAGGUAGGCCAGGUAUGCCAGGAGGACCAGGAUCUCCAGGUCAGAUUGGACGUGAAGGAAGACCAGGAGUCCCUGGAAUGAGAGGUGAACCAGGACCAAAGGGAGAUAAAGGUGUGAAUGGCGUUGGCAUCAUGGGUGACGUGGGUCCACCCGGGCCACCAGGACCACAGGGUCAACCCGGUUACGGAAAGUUGGGCCCACCAGGAUCAAUGGGACAACAAGGAAUUCCUGGCAUCCCAGGACCACAAGGGCCAAAAGGUAACACAGGGAAAGAUGGGAGAUGCAAUCCACAAGACUGUUACAGCAUGAUGUCAGUGCAAGAAUACCAACCAAAGAGCAUGAAGGGGCCAGGACGAUAAGAUGCCAUUAUCCUCAGACCAUCAACAACUGCCUAAUGGAUCAUGUUGAAGCAGCUGCGUUCAUUCCAUACCAAAGUGACCAUCAGCACAUUUCUUGAUACAUUUAUUUCUAUAUAUUGUUCAGUAUCAAGACAUUGAAUUUUCUAGAAAAAAAGGAGAAAAAUAUGUUCAUGCACCUUGUCUAGGUUUUUUUCUUAUUUUUAUAUCAGUUAGUAGGCUUUGCAUCCCUUUCUUCUCUCUUUUUACUUUUGUUGUUUCAUGUACUGCUUAUGUGGUCUUAAAGCACUUCAUCAGACUGUAUGAUUCUUAAAAGGAAAAUACACCUCAUUUCCUAAACAAUGAUCAUCCAAGUGCUUUACAACUGGUGUAUUCUUCCUCCAUCUGUGCCACCAUGUUUUGCUACUCUGUUGUACAUACUGCUGUGUAUGCGUAUGUUAAAGAUAAGGAAGAACCGUAACUGUUCUUUGUCCAAGCAGUUCUAUCUUUCAUGUUCUGCUAGCUACUUUGUCUAUGUGAACUAUUCUAAUGUCUCAGUUUUUGACACAGGUAAGCAAAAUAUGAAACUAUGGUGAUCACUCAAUAAAUCUUAUAGGGAAAUCCACCCAAAACUGUGAGUUCAUUUUAGUGUCAAAUUUGAAUGAUCUCCAUCCUUGACCAUUUGAUUUUAAAGAUUAAGAAACCUUAGAAUUGUGCAGUCCCAGCAGAUCCUGUAAUUUACUUUGACUGGACAGCACCAUUCCCACUGUCUUGUAAUCUUAGAGCCCCUUCCAAAUGUAGUUUUAUCCUUAAUGUAAUUAGAGCUUCAAUAGAUGGGAGAGUCUUACAAAUUCAAAUGAAACUUCCCCAAAUCUAAAAUUACUUUUACAGAAAAUAUAUGAAUGCAUCAAGGAGACUACAAAGGCAUGGAAAAGUAAUACUUAAACUGCCCAUAUAUUUGCCAACUUCAACCUCCCCAAUACACGGAUGAUAUCUGCUGUUAGGAACAAUCAGGAGUUUGGCAACACCACAUUAGAUCAGAGUAAAGAUGACCUUACAUUUUAGAUGUAGGCAGACAGUUAUUCCUUCCAAUCCUCACAUGCACAUUUUAGUCAAGCCUGUGUUCUCAACUGGGAGAGGGACAUUAGCUGCUGCCAGACACUGGUGGUGGUGGCUUAUUUCUCUUGAGAUCAAAGGAUCAGGCAUGUUGAAGUUCAACAUCCCUGACACAUUUGCCGUCGAAGGAAAGUUGAGACAGCACCAUACAUGUUAGAUGGUCAGCCGGUCUCACUAAAAUUGAUGGGUUCCACCAACAUUGAUCUAAUGUAUAUGGCUACCUUCACCCAAACAGAAAAAACUGAAAUACUGGAAUCAAUAAUGCACAAUGUUAGGCCAUUCAUGGGGUUUGAAUAGGUUAUUACUUGCUGUUGUUCACACAUGCCCUACUGGCUAAUAUACAGUUUAAUACAAAACAUACAGGAGGAACAGCAUCCUCAAUUAUGAAGUAGAUUUAGCUGAGGAUCAAGUGCAAUGAGUAAUUACUUGUAGCUGCUAUAACUAUUAUGGAGGCCCUGGGGCAUCUGAAAAAAGAACAUGCAAACAACUUACAGAAGUGUCCUCUAUGUUCCACUGAUGCCUACCUAAGGUUCUCUGGUAGACUUCCUAACUCAGGCUUCACAAUCUAAAACUGACAAAUUUUGGCCACUUCUGGCUUAGAUUGCCAGAGUAUCCCUCCGAUUUUGCAGGAUGUGCCGAUGGUGAAAGUUGUGACCAAUGAGACUCAAAUUUAAACCACUUUGGUAUUGUAAGUUCUUUUAAUAAUUGUUCUAAUACAACGGAAAUGAUUCAUCAUUUUUGGAAGUUUGGCUUCUAUUAGCUAAAACCUGUAUGAAUCAUGUAAAAAUAUAUUUGAUAUAAGCUGGUAAAUUGUCAUUCUUUCAUCCUUUUGAAAAAAAAGGGUUCUGCCUUUGGAAAUAUGGAUACUUAGCCUUUACGUCAGCCUUGGUGUUACUCUUCUUCAUGCUAUACAGGAUGGGUGGUUACCAGUUCCCUAAAAGCUCUAUAAUAGUGACAACCCACUCUCAAUAUAAUUCAUUGUAAGGGUGCUAUUACAUAUGGGACUUGGACCACUAAUUGUUGAACCAAGACUUCACCUGUGUUUCAAGUUCAUUUGUGGAACGGCAAUUAGUGGUAGCUCAAUCCACAUGUGUAAUAGCAGCCAAUAAAGAGGUAUUUGUGUAUCAGCUGUAUACCAAUGUUCUACAGAUGCGUUGUUGUGCAGAAAACUGUUAUGUAGAUACUUGUUCUAUUACAAAAGACAAAUAUAAUUUAUACUAUUCUCAAA